CCCAGAGCCAUUCCGCUUUCCAGUCUCGUUCGACCGCUCGUUAGCAACUUCAUGAAGACACGCGCACGCUCUCUCAUCAGGCAGUCCUGCUGGACACAGCAGCUGGGUGUCGCUACUCGAGUCAGCGACGACUUCUUUUUUCUUGCAGAGCACAAAGGACAUGUGCGAAGAGAGCCUCAUAAAUGAGCUUUCAUUCCGCAGCCAACGCAUGGUACAGUCCUCGGCCUCUCGCCAGCCCUCCCUCUGAACAAGACAUCCUUCGAGACCCAUGGCUCAUCGACAGCGAAGAUGCUAUGCCCUCAUGCCCGCCUUCGUGCGCUUGUUAUACAUGCAUGCACACGUCCGAUUCCGGCCGCGUUCUCCGUGUCCGCAAGCCUUCGAGCAGAUGACGCGCAGACCGACCUGGGUCAUCCUUGGAAGACAGUACUCACGCGCGUCUGGACGACGAGACUGUUUCCAUUGGGGCACUUCCCCUACAUUCGUUCCGGGCUCAUCGUCAAUCGGACAAGCUUCUUAUUCGGAUGUGCACCAGGUAUUAACCCCCCGCUCUACCGACUCUGUCUUCAAUGUAUGCCGCAGUCUUUUCGAAUGUCGUUGCAAUCUUUCCGCCCAGGCGCGCGCACACAACAAGAUGUCAAGACACAUGAUCCACUUGAGGAUUGGAACGCGCCCUUUGCAGCUGACAGUAUAUGGGUCCCAAACAUCGCUCUCACACAUCCAACUCUUCCGCAGAUAGAAUCACCGACUGGGCCUUCCCCACAUUCGUGUGAAUCCCGCCCUGUGCACUUGCAUUCAGCUGAAACAUCGUCGGACGAGAAUGUCACGUUCCGUUUGCCUAAAACAACGACGUCAUCCCAUGGGAGCAGACGAAGAUCGACGCGGAUGCAAGGUUAGGGGCUCGCGCAUCACCCAGUGUCUGAGACUUGCUCAUCGACAUAAAUUUCGAGCCUGAACCAUGGUCAAGCCCAUACCAAUCUCACACUCCAACCACAAUGUUCUCUGCACUUGCAUCCAUGCCUGCGACCGAGAUGGCCCUCCCGAGGACCUUCCCGCUCUUCUUGUUGCCGAGGCACAUUUCCACUACCCCCUCGAAGAAGGCUUCCGCCAUCCGGAAGGCUUCCAUCUCAUCUGUGGACUCGCAUGUCUCCUCGUCCACGUCCUCAUCUGAGGCGUCAUCCGAGGUCGAGAUGCCGACAGCGAGCGCAGUUGCAACCAGGACCUUCUUCGAGCGCGAAGCAGUGCUGACGGAGGAUCAACUCCGCAAUCCUCCUACCGCACUCACAGAUGACUUGACUGCUGCCUUGCACAUCAAGUCACCUGCGUCGCAGAGUGCUGCCAUCGGCGCCUGCUUUUGCAGGGAAGUCAUCCUGACCGAGGAGGAUUUGAAACAAUCACCCUCUCCACCCAAAUCUCCUCGCUUCCGAAACAUGCUUUCCCGUUUUGCCCGCCGUAGGAGGUCGUCGUGUUAGAGGCCGACUCCGUUCGAUCCUUCGAUCCUCGUCCGGGACGUGCCGCUCGUCGUCGAGCGCGUCGGUGUGUUGCUCCUUGUCAAAGGACCGACACCUGCUGUCCCGGCAGCGGUCAGACGGAGUCGGCGUAGCUCGCUGCUCGUCAGGAGCACGGCCAAAUCCGACGCUGUGUGCAAAGGGUGGUGACUCGGAAUUACCUAGCGCACCACUUUGUUUCACAUAAAUCCCAAAAAAAAAUCAUUCCAUCUCCACGACGCCUGUGAGAUUUCGUUGUACGACAUGAUGAGACAUUCUCUUUUACGCCUAAAUCAGUUUCUCCUCGCCACUCUCUUUCCCUGAGUUUACCAGUUAUACCCUGCAUCAGUGUCUGCUGCAACCCCCGUUCCGCCGAUCUCGACAUCAAGGCCAAGUUGAUAGCCUCGUGAAUUAUCUGACUUGGCCCUCUCAACGGUCUAACUAGGCUAGCGGACCUGCGUCGCCAGGAUUAU